AGCAGAGUGUCUCUGCAAAGCUAUAGAGGGGGUUGGGAGCCGACCAGUUGCCAUGGCCCUGGGAUCUGCUGCACUAUUCGUCUUGACCCUGACUGUCCAUGCGGCUGGCACAUGCCCAGAACUGAAGGUCCUAGAUCUGGAAGGCUACAAGCAGCUCACCAUCCUUCAAGGUUGCCCUGGCUUGCCUGGAGCUGCAGGGCCCAAGGGAGAGGCAGGUGCCAAAGGAGAUAGAGGAGAGAGUGGCCUUCCUGGAAUUCCUGGAAAAGAAGGACCAACUGGACCCAAAGGAAACCAAGGAGAAAAAGGAAUACGUGGAGAAAAAGGAGACUCUGGGCCCUCUCAGUCAUGUGCUACAGGACCUCGGACCUGCAAGGAGUUGCUCACCCAGGGCCACUUUCUCACUGGCUGGUAUACCAUCUAUCUGCCAGACUGCAGGCCCCUGACUGUGCUGUGUGACAUGGACACAGAUGGUGGAGGCUGGACCGUCUUCCAGAGGAGGCUUGACGGCUCUGUGGACUUCUUUCGGGACUGGACCUCAUACAAGAGGGGCUUUGGCAGCCAACUAGGGGAGUUCUGGCUGGGGAAUGAUAAUAUCCACGCUCUAACCACCCAGGGAACCAGUGAGCUGCGGGUGGAUCUUUCAGACUUCGAAGGCAAGCAUGACUUUGCCAAGUACAGCUCCUUCCAGAUCCAGGGAGAGGCCGAGAAAUACAAGCUUAUCCUGGGAAACUUCCUUGGCGGUGGUGCUGGCCCUGCCUUUCCCAGUGUCACCAUCUCCCAGAAUCUAUCAGUGACUAACCCACUGAGGUCUCAGAUCUCCCAGUCCAAUCACCUGACUCUCAAACAGUGCUUGCCUUCAACCAAGCCUUCGACCUACAACACUUUUAGGGGAUGUUUCAUCUCCAAACCACAGCAGCACGUAUUUCCCAGAAGGACUUGUGGUUUGGGAAGUGCAUCUUAUAGAGUGCACCCUACAGCAUAUGAACCUGGAGACAGUGGAUUGGAGAGAUUCCCAGUGUGAUUCGGGAAACCUUGGGGCAUGACCACACCUAUUCAACUGAUGAACUCAAAGCUAAGUGAGGCAGGCCACAUACUCACGAGAUUUGAUGGUGACAGCUCUGAAAUGUAUGCACCAGCAUUGCACCAUAUGACCUUGAACUUUUAGAAGGAAAAAAACCAAACAAAGCAGACAGUGCUUUGACCAUGUUCUGUGGGUGGGGACCCUGAGGCCAUUAGGAGGUCCUUGCGAGCUUCACGUUCAGCAAGGGAGUAGAACAGGAUGCACCCUAGAGGCCUGGAGGCUUGAAGCCAUUCAGUGCCUACUGAGAGACAGCCAGGGCAAGAGAGAAGUCAAGAGAAGUCCUAGAGAGAUACAGGCUACAGGAGAAAGAGAGCCAGUCCUGGUGAUGCUGUUCAGAGGGUUCAGUAGUGUGGUUAGGGAGAAAGAUACCAAUGGCAACCAGGACUUGCUGGACCAGGAGGAGACAGUCAUAUCUGAUGCGUACUCUCUCCCAAGGCUUAUGUAGCUGGGUCCCUCACCUGGAUCUCAACUGAUAAAUCCUCCAAUCGAGGAUGAGCCAUCUAGCAUCUAUGUGAUGCAUGUUCUUUCU